CGUUUGAAGUGUAAGAUUUUUUAAAUACAAAAUGGAAGUCCAAAGGCGUAACAUAAUGUUUCUUCUAUUCCUCCUAUCCCUCCUCAUUCAUACGCAAAUCCAAACCGUUGGUUCAACUGAUCAAGCCUCUCUCGCAUCUAUUGAUCUAAAACGUCAUGAUCACUUUACUGUAGAAACGAUGUCGUUUCCUACUGAUUUUGUGCGAAGACAGCUAGCCGGUGGAGGUGGUAGCAGCGGCGGUGGUGGUGGCACUCGAGGUGGUUCUUCAGGUGGAGGCAGUAGUGGUGGAGGAAGUCGCGGAAGUGGAAGCAGUGGAGCAAGUGGAGGAGGAAGCUCAAACCGUGGUGGCGGUGGUGGAUCCGGAGGAAAUAAGGGUGGCAAAGGUGGAGGGGGUGGCGGAGGCCGUGGCGGUCGCGGUAAUGGUGAUGUAGAGGAUGGUGAUAGUGGAGGCGGUAGCGGAAAUAGUAGAGGUGGAGGACAACAAGUUCCCGUAGUUCCAAGUGGCACAUUUCCAAGCGAUGGUGUCCGACUUCAAUAUUCUUUAGUAUUGUUCAUCUUCACGGCGUGUUUAAUUAGUUAUCAUUUAUUAGACUCAAAAUUUUACAUUUUUUUCUUUAGUUGAAAUCUCUUGUUUAAUAUAAUAAUUGUGUUAGGUUACGUACUUGUACAAUGUACAUCUGUUGAUCGGUUUUUUUUUUGUUAAAGCAUUGUUGAUCGGUUUUUGUUAAGCUAAGUACUUUAGUAAACUGAUAAUAAUGAAAUGUUCAUGCAUA